CGGAACGAGCUACGGAACUUUGCAUGAAGGUCAUCCAUUAUUUACGUGUGACGUUAGAAAUAUGACAUGUUUUUUUAAAUCAAACAUUGUGAUACGUUAAUUUUAAUUGAAUUUAUUUCUUAACUAUUUGCUCUUAUUAAUGGCAAAACCUACACCUGUUGCUUCUAGGAAUUUUCCAGGUGUUGACGGAAGUGCGUUUACUUUAACCUUUGCCAUAGAAAUAGUCGGAAUAGAGGUUUGGCAUGAUUGCAAUGAAGGAUGGCUAGAUCUCGGUGCCUGUACACAAGGCAUGAAAAUACAGUACCAGUUGUAUCCUGGACAGAUUUAUGAGUUAGAUAUUCUCAUUUGGCCGCAUGCUGUCAAAAUAUGGAGUGGUAUGAACUCCGGCUGGGUCCGCACGUGGCAGUUCUUGGAUCGUCGAUGGCUGACAUUUGACAUUCGCCAUAUAUUUCCCGUGAAGGUUGUUGACCUAAAAGCCUUUGUGGCAACAGUUUCUCCUACCUUUGGAGUUGGCGCCCUCGGAUCCAAUGCAAAAAACGACAAAGUUACAGAAGUAUUCCUACCGCGUCUGGAAUUUGGACAACAAAGAUAUUUCGCACCAGUAAUAGAAGAGGAGUCAAGCUUCGAGAAUUUCAUCUACGAUUUAAUAUGGAAGAUAGUGGAAUAUUUUAUACCCGCCUCAUAUUUGGACGGAUUGUUUGAUGUUCCACAUCCGGUGGCAGACGCAAGACACCAAGAUGCCGUAUUACGACAAGUAAAGGAAACUACUCUGAAUCGCAACUUGUCUGAACAAUCCGAGCCGGAAUUAUCGAGCUCGAGCAAGAAAACGUUAGCAAACCAAAAGAAGAAAGCAGAAGCGCCGAAAACAAAAUUUGAACUUAAUUUGUCGGGGAAUAAUAUUUUAUCAGGAACUGGCCAGCAAGUAGCUUUCCAAGCAGUCGGGGAUCGGCCGCCGGAACUAGGGGAGUUUUUUGCCUUCAUCUCCAGUCAGAAUUUGCCCGCCUCCGACGAUUAUCCGAUACUCUUUGUAAACAUCGAUUCCCUAUUCGAUGUGCCGACAGAAGCGUUGAGCAAAUAUCAAAUAUCGCAUAUUUAUACACGCUGGUCCAUUGGAGAAGAGACUCAUGACUCGGAACAGCAGCUCAUAGGACACAAAACGACUUAUCGUUUGAACGACCAUUACGCGUUGCCGUUGCCUUGCGAUAUGGCUUUUAAAAUUAUUUGUGAGCUGAUGGACGACGAUUUCUGUAUUCAGCUACGUGGAAUAAGAGUGGCCCCAAAGCAAUAUGAUGACCCCACCUUUUUCGGGUAUGAUAAAAAAGACCGUCUAUUUGCUACCAACGUUCCACCUAGUUUCAAACAUCACGAAACUGACUUAAUAAUAGCUAAGACUAAGAUCAAUGCACGGUCUCUUGGAAAAGGAGUAAGCGGGGUAGUCCAAGGGGAAUUCGCGUUGUUGCCUCCAAACUUCGCAGUGAAGAGCCUGGGCCGUCAAGCGCUUUGUUCGAAUGAUCAAAACGGAAUCAAUUUGCCAGUUUACCCCGAACAAAUAGUUCCAUCGUACGUCAUCCUAGACGCUCAAAUGACUUUGGAAGUACGCAUGGGUUACUCUGGGUGCAGGCCCCAAAAAUUAGAAAAGAGUUACUCCCGAAUGAUUUGCCUUAUUUCCGAUCAAUGGCUAAUAAUGGAGCUGUUAAUGCUAGUCGCGGACAUUAAUCGUGAGUUGGAUAAUAAUAAAGAGAGCGAUGAAUAUUUGUCGGGUUUUGCGAUUGACACAGGUGACACGGUAAUUUUUUAUGUGGAGGGGCCCAAGGAUGGAGUCAUUUUACAGCUCUGGGAAAGAACUGGAGACUAUUACCCACACACAAACCCGCUGUUUUCCUCGUCAGCAAAGUAUGCGUCGAGGGUUUAUCCGGAUUUGAUGUUCGCCGGCACUACUCUGUGUUUCAAGAUAAUGAAGAUGUUUGUUCCUCUGUCGGCAGUUUUGGCUUGUCCGCCUGUAUACGCGAGACCAGUCUUACCUAUAUUAGCGCGAAAUACCGCAUUGAAGCUAGGUCGGUUGCUAAGCAACAAGCGGUGGUGGCGUCUCGGCCCACCGACCAGCGAACUGCCUACCUCCGCUGAGCUGGUGAGCUUUCGUCAGGAACUCUGCGCGGCGCCACGGCCCACGCCAGCGAUGACUGCCUUAUGCUCAAUGCUACCCAAAUAUCGCCCGAACAAGAACAAACAUGGAUUCAACUGAAGAUACUUCGACAAGAAAGGUAGUUCUACUAUUUAUGUAAUGUAUUUCACCUUUUUGUUAAAUAAUUGAUUUAAUACAAUUGGAUUUCUAUUGCUGGUCU